UGUCAACACGGGAUGUGAUGGGACGUGAGUCUCACACAUUGUUAGCGGCAACUCUAACAUUUGAAACACGGUCCAGCUGGCCGAACUAACAGUAAAAGCCGACAGUGUCUUAACACAGGACAGACGUCACUGACAAUGAAGACGUUAGGCAGACAAUGUUUUGCUUGUCACAGCCUUGAUUUUGUUAAAGACAAAUGCAGUUUUCGAAUGUUGCUGACUCGUGCAAACGUCCCAGCCCCAGGUGUGGAAGACACGCCAGAGAGAAGCUGGGCUUGUACGGGGGGACGCCAACGUCGAGUCAUUGCAAUCUGGAAUAGUUCUUUCCUCUUCCGAAAAUGGAUACUCGUUUCACAAAGACAUGGUUAAUAACAUGUAUAUUUUACAUGCUUGUUGGAAUAUGGUUGAUUCCCGUGAAAGGCUGCGAGGAAUCCUGUCGCUUCUCCUACGACCAGAGCUUCAAGGAGUACAGCCACAGAUGCGACCAAACCUCCACAGGCAACAUCGUCGUCACCGACCGCGCCCACUUCGACGGCACGGCGUUCCUAUCCCUGCCCAUGUUCCAGCAGAACCCUCUGCGGCCCUCUUUCUCCAUCGCCUUCAUCUUUAAGUACUUGGGGCAGCAUACCUUCCGUGACGUGGCCAUACUCAGCAACGGCUGCGUGGACACUCCACCGACCAUAGAGUUCAAGCUGCGACAGGAACGGCGUCACAAUGAGCUCGCAACGACGACCCUCAGUCUUAAGAUGACGAACGACGACAGGGAUAUGAACAUCACCGUGAGAAACAUCAACGUGAACGUCCGCCAGGAGGUGCUGGUGCAGAUCGCCCAGAACGAGACGGCCAUUGAAGUCCAGGUAGCAGGCCAACCGAGACAGACAUUCGCUAAAGAUGUGAACGACUACAUCGGCCGCAGUGACUGUCCUCUGCAGAUAGGGGCCGGCAGGGGCCUAGACAACUACGUGGGCGAGUUCGACGAGUUUGUAUACUUCCCGUGUGUCAAUCCCGGGUUCUUCAGUAUAUCCAGCCUGUUCUGAUGUCCGGCGCCACAUACCCGCAUACCCCACAUACCCCGCCUACCCGACGUGAACACUGCGACUGAUGCAAGUCCAUACACCCCCAAGAUCCCCCAAGUUUACAAUGACGUGUUCUGCGUGGUGUGUGUCCGCGAUACUAUAGAUAUCGAUACAUACCUUAUCAUGAUAAUACAAAGUAUACUCACUGUACGAUUCAUUUGAUAAUUGCAACAUAUAAAGAACACUUUAGUACUAUCAAAUUAUUGUUUGCAGUUUUUAUAACUCUUAAAGGAUGACUGUGCUUUUGGAUUUGGUUUAACGUGUCAUGUCAACUCAUUGCUCAAUAAAAUGUCUUUUUGUAA